AGAGUGCUUUGCGCGGCCCCGGUUCGGCCCGGCCCGGCCCAAACCCGCCAUGGGGGCCGCGGUUUUCUUCGGCUGCGCCGGGAUCGCCUUCGGACCCGCUCUCGCUCUCGUCCUCUUGACGGUGGCGGCCGAACCGCUUCGGGUCAUAGUGCUGGUGGCGGGGGCGUUUUUCUGGUUGGUUUCUCUCCUCCUCUCCUCUCUCCUCUGGUUCGUGGCCGUGCAGCUCAGCGGCCCCCAGGACCCCCGCCCCCAGGAGCGGCUCCUGCUCUUGGGGGCCGCGCUCUCCGUCCUCCUGCAGGAAAGUUUCCGCUUCGCUUACUUCAAACUCCUCAAGAAGGCAGACGAGGGACUGGCGGCUCUCAGCGAGGACGGGCGCUCCCCCCUCUCCCUGCGGCACAUGGCUUACGUCUCAGGCUUGUCCUUCGGCCUCAGCAGCUCCAUCUUCUCCCUCACCAACCUCCUGGCUGAGGCCGUGGGGCCGGGCACCGUCGGCAUCCACGGGGACUCCCCCUAUUACUUCAUCACUUCUGCCUUCCUCGCCAUGGCUCUUCUCCUGCUCCACACCUUCUGGGGCGUCAUCUUCUUCGACGCCUGCCAGCGGUGUCGCUACGGCUGCCUGGGCUUGGUGGUGGCCUCCCACCUCCUCACCUCCGGCCUGACCUUCCUGAACCCCCGCUACGAGGCCACCCUGGGCCCCAUCUUCAUCCUCACCCUCGGCACCGCGCUCUGGGCCUUCCUCACCGCCGGGGGCUCCUUCCACAACCUCCUCAAGUGCCUCUCCUGUAAGCAGGAGGAGGACAGCAGAGUGAUGAUGUACUCAGCACUGCGGGGACCCUGUGAGGACUGAGUGUCACCCUGCCACCACGC